UGUGAUUCAGUUGCGUUUCAGCCACAGACGACGGCGACGAGAGCAUGGCGACCCACUCGCAACGCCGAUGGCCUGGAGACAACACGAGCGGCGAGAAGCCGACGCCAGUGGGCAUGGUUCACGGCGCUGUGCUUGGAAAUUACGACGGCGUCGAGGGGUACAACAACAAUUACAAGAACAACCCCCACGCAGACGACGAAAAUUACGACGGGUCCAACUUUCUCAACGGCGUCUGCACCGGCAUGAAAUGGCAGUGCGUCGAGUACGCUCGCCGAUAUUGGAUCGUGAAGAGGGGUAUCGUGUUGCCAAGUCUCAGCUGGGCCGCGCACAUUUGGGACCGUAUCACGCAUGUCAGCCGUCUCGGGGACUUUGCGAUCGUUCCGCUGAAGAAGUUUCCCAACUUUGGAACCGAGAAACCCGAGGUCGGCGACUUCCUCGUGUACAAGUCGACACCGUCGCAGUGGGUUGGUCAUGUCGCCGUUGUCGCCGACGUUGUAACGAAGGACAACGGGACGCUAACGGUGUACGUGGCGGAGCAAAACGUGCACAACGACAAGAUGUGGAUAGGCGGCCAUUACGCCGAUGAACUGCAUUUGGUUACUGGGACAUCUCGAGAUGGACAGACGACGUACAGUAUCACGCACCCCGACCCCGAUCUUGUCCUCGAAGGAUGGGUGCGUCCUGCUCUGGACGAAGCGGUCCUUCGCGCGCCAUGGACGCGCCCAUUGGCGCGUUUGCCGCUGAAUGGCGUGUACUGUAAAGAAUCCGCCAUCGCCCUGCAGAAGUUUGUCGGCUCGUACCCAGAUGGAAGCCAUGGCGGUAUGACCAACACGGAUCUCCGCAACAUCCUCAGACAACAUGGCGAGCCAAACGAAGCACCCAAGACGCCGAACCCGGUGGAACUUGUCCAUUGCUUGCGGCUGUUCCUCGCUCGCCACUGGGCAUUGGCGCGUCCUCAUCCUGUCGAAGCAGGCAGCAAUGACAGCGACAAAGACCUCAUUGCCGUUUGUCCUGGCAACACCAAUUGCGUGUGCCGCGUGAUUCGCCGCGAAGAGAUCCACCCGACGUCAGGUGAAGGUGUUCCAGCACCAGUGUGCCACACCACCAAGGCACUCCAAGGCUUCUUGAACAGCGUGCAUCAUCCGCAUGAUCUUCGGUCCGCUGCUUUGUUGGUCGAGACAACGAAAUGAUAGAUGCCAUGUCAUGAUGCAACUUAACGUAUCUACGAGUUGUGCUUGUUCAUCGGCAAGGAACUCCCGCCCUGCGCUGACUUGCCGUCGUUCGAGCUGUCCAAUCCGGAAGGAUUUCAUACGUGAAGAGUGUUGGUUUUAUUGAACUAAAUGUAACGUGUGCUUCAUUAAGGAGAG